UGGUUUUUUGUUUAUUGCGGAGGGGGGGGGCUAUUUGCGAGUGUAUUUAUUUUAAUACCCUCGGCUAUUCUGGAGGAGAGAGGGAGGGUUAAAAAAAGGAAAGUAAAGAAACAAUUCAUCUCUGUGAAGGAAAUGCCUUCUGCGCUCUCCAGAUGACCUCCUCUGAAAAUGCAACCUCUGCCGCUUAUUGGUUUUUAUUUUGAAUCCAAAGUGUGUGAAAUAGAACCCUAAAGUUCCCAACAGACACAAGGAUGUGCAGUGCUGGGGUUAGCAAUAUGUGGCAGCUUCUGUCACCGUUCCUCUUCAGCCUGGCAGCAUUUUUUUCCAAAGUGACCGACAGCCGAGGCAUCCUGGAGAGUAUUCAGAGAUUUUCUUUGCUGCCAACUUACCUGCCUGUGAACUAUCAUAUCCACAAUGCAGACAUUUCCUUCUUUCUUAAGGAAGCCAACCAGGAUAUCAUGAGGAACUCUAGUUUGCAAUCCCGGGUAGAAUCCUUCCUGAUCUAUAAAUCCAAGAGGCCACCUGUGUUAAAUGCAAGCUAUGGACCCUUUUCAGUUGAACAAACAGUGCCUCAGGAUCUAAUGUUGUCUUCAAAUCCAUUUGGAUCCAUCAACAAGUUUUCCUUUAACUGGAGACUUAAAGCCUACAUCAUGAAUGACAAAAUUUACCUGAGGAAGCCGAAAGUCCAGAUCCUGUUCUACAUUGUGGGCAGGGACUGGGAUGACUACAGCUCCACAGAGAGGCUGCCCUGCCUGCGUGUGUUUGCCUUCCGCGAAACGAGGGAAGUCCGAGGCAGCUGCCGCUUAAAGGGGGAUCUGGGAUUGUGCGUGGCAGAGCUGGAACUUCUGCCGAGCUGGUUUAACCCCCCCACAGUGGUGGCUGGCCGUAAGAAAGUGAUGAAUCAGUCUGAAGGGAGCCCUGUGGAGCUUUAUUAUACCAUCCAGCCAGGGGAUGAGACUGGGGAGUGCACUAAGGAAGAUGUAAGGAAAAAUAAUGGGAUCAGACUGGGCCGCAAUGAUAUUGAUGAAUCAGUACCUCCUUUGCAGAGAAUUGGAAGUGUUUUCCUUUACCAGACACAUGGUGACCCAUCCUUAAGUGAAAUGAGGUUGGAUAAGAAUAUUGUCAUCCGAUAUGUACCAAAGACUGUCAAGAAAGGUGAUAUUUUGACUUUCCUUGUGUCUAUUGAUAAAAAUUCAACAGAAGACCAGUUCACUCUGAGGGCAAAGGUGAAGAAAGGUGUGAAUAUUUUAAGUGUAAGAGCCAGCAACCCAUACUUAUGGGAUAUUAGAGAGAGCAUGGAUUAUACUGGGAAAUAUGCACCAGCUGUUAUUGUUUGUCAAAGGAAAUUUGCUACCUCUGAAAACAGGUAGGUCAUUUCCAAUAGUUUCACAUUUUAUAAAUGAGAUAAUUUUGCUUUUUAAAAGCAGGUGUAUUCGCUUUUCUAUAUUAUUAAUAAAACUUUCAUUAUAGUUUCCAAAUACACGUAGUAAAUAAUAUGUCAAUAGAAAAACUGAUAUUGUCUUCAACUUGUAAUACUGUGCUUACUGUACUAUAUGUAUUCUAAAUUCAUCUUGAUUGCCUAAAGGAAAUGAAAAUGAUCAGGAAAUGUUCAUUUCACAACAUUUAAAAGGACUUGCUCUAUCUCUCUGAAUUUAGCUAAACCACAUUGUAUAGUCUUUUUAAAUUAUUUGCUUCCAAAUGGGUCAGGCAUUAUCCUAGAGACUGUUAAUUACAGUCUUCAAUUCAUAUAAUAAGCUUUCUAAGGGAACUCCUAAAACAAUCAUUGGUGAACUGUUAUUUCAGAUUAUAAUCACAGCUGAGUGUUUUUAAGAAUAAAUGUUUGAUAUAUUUUGGUUUCACUUCAUUCAUUGGACAUGAGAAAACAUAAGGAGAGCUUAUUGGUAAAGUGCUAACUGGCCAGAGAUUUGUUAUAUUAAUUACUGUUACUAUUAAAUUUGCAUUAUGAAGAGGGAGGUCAAAUUCUGCAGUGAUUUAUCUGCUGUGAAAUUCCAUUGAAAUUCAUUCAGUUUGCACUGGAUGCAAGAUUUGGACUAUUUUAACUGAAAACCUCUUACCACUAGAUACACAGAAAGAUCAGUGACCUUGGAAUACAGGAAGGAGGGGAAAGUGAGAUUUCCUCUAUUUUCCAGACAUCCCCCACACUACAGUUCAAUUUCAAAAUAACCCCCUCCCCAAAUAUGGUAUCUUCCAGUUCCUCCCCUAAACCAUAUACCAUUUCACAGCUGACUGAAUUUUAGUGGUUAGGAAGGAUGCCCUAGAGGACAACUUUUUCCACAGUUAAAAAAAAAGGAGAAAGAUUCUUAGACUUGAUUCAAAACUCACUGUAGUAAUGAGAGCCUUUUCAUUAACUUUACUGGGCUUUGUCCCAAAGUAAUGAUUAUCACAGUGAAUUAUCUACCACCAUCCACCCUUCCUUUUUUUGUGGCUGUGCUCUGUGAUGCAGUGCAGCAUGUCCCUGCUCUUUUUUUGGUCAUAGUGAAAUAUAACAUGAUAUCAAGGUCAGAGUAAGGGUACUUAUUAGAUUUCAAUAUUGUCCUAAGCCUAAGCGUACAGUGGUUGCCUUUAAACAUUCAUCUGUUUUAAUCAGAUCACUAUGUAAGGUGAACCCAUAACUGAAGUAUGUUCCUUCUCUCUCUCUCUCACAAACACACAGAGGGUAU